AUGAGGAAGCUAGAUAUUCAGGAGCUCACCAUAGCUCAGUUCCAUUCAGCGUUACGGGAGAAAACCACCACGUGUGUUGAUCUGGUCAGGACUUAUCUAAGUCGGAUUGCACAAUUCGAUCCUGAGCUGAAUUCUAUUAUAUGUUUGAAUGACGAAGCACUCCAAAUCGCCGCGGUCAAAGACCGAGAAACAAAACACUUGAUCCAGACAAUGGCACCAUUCCGACCAUUGCAUGGGGUGCCCAUCAUUCUGAAAGACAAUUACAUGACGAAGGGCCUUCCUACAAGUGCGGGGGUGAAAGCACUCCGGGCCCUUCAGAGCGCCAACAAUAGUCAGGUUGUUUCCCACUUGACAUCAGCAGGCGCAAUUAUACUCGCGAAAGCGAAUCUACACGAGUUCGCCCUACAUGGAACGACGACCUCUUCAUUAGGUGGCCAAACACUGAACCCAUAUGAUUUUCAAAGGACUCCAGGGGGUUCAUCUGGUGGUACUGCCGCUGCGCUUGCGGCAAAUUUCGGCUUGGUGGGAUGCGGAACAGACACAAUGAACUCGCUGCGUUCUCCGGCGUCUGCAUGUGGAAUCGUUGGGUUUCGUCCAUCUACUGGCAAAGUACCGACACAGGGCAUUGUGCCCGUAUCUAGAACACAAGAUGUAGCUGGACCUAUGGGACGAACAGUCAAUGAUGUGAAGAUAGUAUACUAUGCGAUGCGCGGUAUUUGUGACGAUGUAUUGCCCCUGCCUCCAGUCCGGAAUCCCAGAAUUGGGAUCCUCGAUCUUUACUUUGGGAUUGGAAAUCCCCAGUCUUGCUCGCCGGGUACCAUUGCCGAGAACGGAGUUAUCCAGAAUAUUACCCGCGGGGCUAUCUCUCUUAUACAAAAAUAUACCAAUAUCGGCUUUGUUGCUAUAAAGCCAGAUCAGUCCUGGGAGGUGGAUACACUUCUAGAAACAGCUGACACGCAGCCUUACGAGUUUGGCUCCCAGCUGAAUGAGUUCCUACAAGCACCUUUCAUUGCUUCAUCACCACACACGUCUCUCGAAUCCAUUUUUGAGAGCGGGGAAUAUCACAAAGGAGCGGUAACGGAGGUCUUUACUGCAUCAAGAGACAACCCGAGGGUAUUCUCUCCCAACAGCCCGGAAUACCACGCUCGGCUGGCCGCUAUCAGCAAGCUCAAGUUUUCUCUCGAGCGAUGCUUCAAGGAAUACGAUGUCGAUGCCUUUCUUUAUCCACAUCAGCGGCAGCUACCCGUUGCCAUUGGUGCUAUGAGGCAGCCAAGGCGUAACGGGGUACUUGCUGCUUUAACGGGAAGUCCUGCCAUAUGUCUUCCAGCUGGCUUUACGGAGGCAACUCAAUCAGCUACCCUAGGCGUGCCUGUGGGUAUCGAGUUGAUGGGUCGACGUGGACGCGAUGCAGAGCUGCUGGAACUGGCGGAAAUGAUCGAAAAGGUUCUCCCGCAUCGGAAACCCCCAUUAUUAACUAUUCGAAAGAGCUUAUAG